CCUUCUUCUCCCCAAAGAGCUCUCUUGCGAAUCCGACGGAAGAGAGAAUUAGAGGGGUAGGAGAUCGCAGGAAGGCGUUUGCGAAGUUAUCGUGAUCCGGUUAUUGUCCAAUUCUUUCGGCUUUUUUGUUUCUUUAUUUUUUCGGGGUAUAUUGGCAUGGGAAUCUCGAGGAUUAGGGCUUCUUUCAGGAAUUUCCGGAGAAUUCUCGGUUCUGCUUGGUCGAGGAAAUUCGGCGGGUUUUAGAUCGGAGGAUGAUCAUUAACCGCAGUUUGAGGGGCCAAAUGCCGAACUUGAAGCGAUGCAAGGCCGAGGAGCCGACGUUCUGCGAUGAUGAGAGCGGCGACGGGGCGGCGGACGGACGCAGGAAGCGGCGUAGGGAUGGGUCGUUCCCGUCCGAGAUGAUGGGGGACGUCUCCGCCGGCGCUGGAAUUCCCUGCCUUUCGGAUGGUUUGCGGAUGGGGAGUGACUGCGGGGAUCUCGGCGCAGGUUGCCUGGGUUCCUCUUGUUCUGGCGAGCUGUCCGUAUCCACUUCCGUCGUGGUGGAGGCUGACGAACGAGUCAGGGAAGGGUCGGCGGUGCGCGCGGCUCCUUCCGCACCAGUCGUGCGGACGUCCAGGGGGCGCUUGCAGUUUCUUCCUUCUCGUUUUAGGGAUUCUGUUCUCGCUGAUCCUUGGAAGAAAGAAAAACAAAAACCGAAGGGUACAGGUACUGGUUCAUUUGUCCAAGCUGAUCUGCAAUCCUGCAAAGAUGAUAAAUUUAGCUACACUGGCUUCGAAUUUAACUCGGGAUCGAAGAAUUCCUGCACAUUGGUAAGGGAAGUGGAGUUUUAUAGAGCUUGCAGAAAUAGCAGUACGAACAAGUGUUCUACUUCUCGAAGUACUCUUACAUCCAUCGAGGACAGCCUGGUGGGUCUGGAAAAGAAGUUCCUGCAACCUGUUCUCAAUGCACAGGACCAGCCGCAUUGUUAUUCUAAUUUAAUUAUGGAGUCAAAUCUAGCAAGGGAAGGUUCAGACAGAAAGGAAGAUUUUUACUGCCCAGAGGAUUUUGUUCUGGGUGAUAUAGUUUGGGCAAAAUAUGGAAACAAAAACCUUUCUUGGCCAGCAAUGGUGAUUGAUCCUUUGCUGCAAGCUCCUGAAAAUGUUUUAAAUUCGUGUGUGGCUGGAGCUCUUUGUGUUAUGUUUUUUGGGCAGUCCAGAAAUGGAAGGGUAUAUUCAUGGGUGAAACAAGGGAUGAUUUUCCCCUUCUUAGAUUACCUAGAAAGAUUUCAAGGGCAAACUCAAUUAUAUAAGUACAAGUCUAGCGAUUUUCGAAUGGCUAUUGAGGAGUCUUUCUUAGCUCAGCAUGGUUUUUCUCCUGUGAGCAGUAAUGGUCACUUUGCUUCAGACAAAUCUGUUCCUUGUACAUACCAAGAGGUUGCUGAUUCAAAUCGCGAACAAGAAUGCCAAUCAAAAUUCCAGAUUGUAGACAAAUCAGGGAUGCUUUGUGAAAGCUGUGGAAUGAAUCUUCCAUAUGGAAGUGCAAAGAAGAUGAAAGGGAAUUCACAGCAGUUACUGUGUAAACAUUGUGCUAAGCUCCUGAGUUCAAAGCAGUACUGUGGGAUUUGCAAGAAGAUUUGGCAUCACACAGAUGGGGGAAAUUGGGUUUGUUGUGAUGGGUGUCAAGUGUGGGUACAUGUAGAAUGUGACAACACAUGUGGUAACCAAAAGGAUCUGGAGAAGAACGAUUAUUUCUGCCCUGAUUGCAAGGCUAAAUUUGAAGUGUCAGAUAGAAAGUCUAUAACAAUCAGAUCUAUUGAUGAUACUUUCGGGGAAAAGUUGUCUGACAAGAUCACUGUUAUCUGCUGCAAUAUGGAAGGAAUAUAUUUGCCAAAAGAACACAUGGUUUUAUGUCAAUGCAGCUCCUGUAAUUCAAAGAAACUAACUCUUAACGAGUGGGAACGACAUACAGGUUCUAGGAAGAAGUAUUGGAAGGUUAGCGUCAAAAUCAAGAGUACUGGACAGCAACUGGGAAAAUGGCUAGAAGAGGGCAGCCCAUCUUUUAAUAACCAAGUUAAGUGCCCAUCACUUGGUAAUAGAAAAGAGAAGCUCCUUACUUUGCUUCAAGAACCAUAUGAACAAAUACUUGCCAAGUGGACAACAGAAAGGUGUGCAAUUUGCAGAUGGAUAGAAGAUUGGGAUUACAACAAGAUCAUUAUAUGCAACAGAUGUCAAAUAGCUGUUCAUCAGGAAUGCUAUGGAGCAGUAAAUGUACAAAAUUUGGCCUCCUGGGUUUGCAGAGCUUGUGAAACGCCCCUUCAUAAAAGGGAGUGUUGUCUUUGCCCCAUCAAAGGUGGUGCACUGAAGCCAACAAAUAUUGAUAAGUUGUGGGUUCAUGUUACAUGUGCAUGGUUUCAACCAAAGGUAUCCUUUUCCAGUGGUGAAACAAUGGAGCCUGCUAACGGCAUAUUAGAUAUACCAUCUCUGCUGUUUGAGAAGGUUUGCGUGAUAUGCAAGCAGAAACAUGGCGCUUGCACACAAUGCUACACAUGUUCCACUUAUUACCAUGCUAUGUGUGCAUCACGAGCAGGUUAUAGGACGGAGUUGCAUUGUCUGGAAAAAAAUGGGAAACAAACAGUAAAGCUGCUAUCCUAUUGUGCACAUCACAGGUCUCCCAAUCCGGAUAAUGUGCUAAUUAUGCAGACUCCGUCGGGGAUUAUCUCCACUAAUAAAUUGUUGAAGAACAUUAAAAGGCAAAGUGGUUCAAAACCAAUUAUGAUGGAGAUGCCACGGGAAAACAUAACCUCAACAUCUCUAUCUUCUAAAGCGCCAUCCGCUAUGAGAUGCUCAAUUUACCCAAGAACAGAAACCAAGAAUAUACGAGAAAGUGGAAUUCCACAUAGAGUUAUGGGACCUUGUUAUCAUUCUUGGGACUCUAUUGAAAGUUUAAAUGCAGCUAUGGAUGAUAAAACUCGGAAAUCAUUUUCUUCAUUUAAAGAGCGCCUUCGCUAUUUGCAGUCAACUGAACACACUAGGGUAUGCUUUGGAAAAUCCAGGAUUCAUGGAUGGGGUCUAUUUGCCCGUAGAAGCCUUCAAGAAGGAGAAAUGGUCAUUGAGUACCGAGGAGAGCAGGUCAGAUGCAGUGUUGCAGAUCUCCGAGAAGCACGAUAUAAAAUGGAAAAAAAAGACUGCUAUCUAUUCAAAAUAAGUGAAGAGAUUGUAGUUGAUGCCACAAAUAAAGGAAAUAUAGCUCGCCUAAUAAACCACUCUUGCAUGCCAAGCUGCUAUGCUCGGAUCAUGAAUGUUGGUGAGGAUCAGAGCCGUGUUGUUCUUAUAGCUAAGAAGAAUGUUUCUGCAGGAGAGGAGCUAACGUAUGAUUAUUUGUUCGAUCCUGAUGAAGCUGAGGAAUGUAAAGUUCCCUGCCUCUGCAAUGUGCCAAACUGUAGGGGAUUUAUGAACUAGCUAACCUCAUUAGCCAUUACUGUGUGCGGCAAUGAACAAUAUUGCAAUGCUGGAAUGGAGAAACUGAAGCAUUAGAGAUCUAAUCUAGCUUCGUCAAUCUACCUGUCGUCGAGUCCUCGAGUUGAGAGUGUCUCGGGGCAUCAAAAUUCAAAAUGGUGGUCUCUUGAAACCAUUCGGUUCAUCGACAGCAGCCAAUCCAGCUAGAGUUAUUUACACAAGAACUCAGAGAGGAGACCAAGCAUAUCUAAAUGAGUUGUUACGGGCGCAAGGUCCCGUUUCUUUUUGUGUAUAUAUAUAUAUAAUCUUAUUUUUCAUUUUUCCACAGAAGGAAGUAUUAUUUUUCCUAUUCUUUUUCAAAAUCUUGAUAAGUUCCCCCAAAUUAUACGGAAAUGAAGAUAGCAUUUGUUGACUUGUAUAUAUUAAACAAGUGACGAUCUGUGUACAAUCCUCUUUAUUAUUAGUAUUUUUUUUGGGUCUGUUUCUCUUU